AUGGAUUAUAUAGUAACUAGCAAGUGGCAACACACCUGCCCCAUAGUUUGGCCAGUUCCACUGAGGAGCAAGUACAAGCAGAAUCUGGAGAAAAAUGGGUACUUUGAAGGAUUGAUUCCGGGUUCAAAGGAGUAUAAAAGGUUGAUCGAGAACGCUGAGGAGUAUUACCGGAAGAGUUGCUUGUUUUCCAAGACGAGAGAGAUUAUGACUGCUCCAUUGAGGUGCAUUGAUGAGAUUCUUGCUCUGCCAUAUUCAUCAGACGAUUUCAAGGAUCUUGAAGUUCCUCCAUCAGACGAUGGUUCAUGGCUAUAUGAUGGUGAAGAUGAGCUGAACUCCGCUCUUCAAGAGAGGCAGAAAGAGAUGGAGAUGUAUAACUCAAAGAUCAAAAACAAGCAUAAAUCAAGAGAGAUGGAGGAAUCUGGAAGCUCAUCCGCCACAAACAUGAAUGAUUUUGGUCUUAGUGAUGUAGCAAAGUCCAUGCAACAGUUUGUGCACAAGGUAUCUAGCUACAAAGGGGCAGAGGUGGCAGAAAACAGGUUACGCUCUUGAUGCUAGUCAUGUUUUACCAGUUCUUCAUUCUAAUUUCUGUUGUAAAAAAUAAGCUUCUGAGUAGAAGUUUACACUUAAAAUAAAAAAGAAAGGAGUAGAGUGUUUUCAGCUCAGUUCCCCUCCUGCAUUCCCUUCUCCUUGUCUCCUUGAUUCUAAACUUGUUGUUUCCAUUGUCAUCUUCUCAAGUUUCAACCUUGGUUUAUUUGUGCAGGGAUUUCAAAGAAGUCGAUUUAGAUGUUGACCGUUUCAUGAAAGAUAUGGAAUCAAUCCUUGGGCGCCAUGCUCAUCCCGAAGAUUCUGAUGGUGAAGAUGGAUUUUGGUAUCUCCUUCUCUAUGGCUUUUGCUAUUUUACUCUUUCAUUUGGCAAUAGGGUUAGAUAAAUUGAUGUUUUAGUGUAUAUCCUAACAGAAAUUCUGCUGGAUAUGAUUGCAUUUUUUCUAGUGUUUUCCUUCCUUUAUUUUCCUCUUUCUCCGUCGUAGUUUUAAAUAGUGUAAUAUAUAUAGAUGAACAGAUAACGAUGUGAAGAGGCUUUCCAAGUAAGAUGGAACAAUGGAGUGGCAUGAAAG